AUGGUUAUGAGGUGCAUAGUUCACAUCAUUCAUUCUACCUGCACUAACAUUAGCUCUGCAGUCAAGAUGAAAUUCACUAUUGUGACUACCAUCCUUCUUGGACUCUUGCUGACUCCAGCCCUUGCUGAUGAGUGUAGUGAGCAAAAUACAGAAGCAAGCAAGCAAAUCACUGUUGCUGGAGGCUGCCAAAUUCUGACCAUCAAUAGGGAAGAGCAUGUGGCAACAAUCGAGGAAAAGAGCACCCGUGGGUCAUGGAAAACCAUUUGGAGCUACGAUACAGGCCUUAUUGCAAGCAAAGUGCUGCCAGAGAGAACUUGCUUCAUUUCCUUAAUGAACAAAAAGGAGAUGCCUAGUUUUGAUGCACUUGCCAGACUGGCUGAAGAGAACAGGUGGAACCUGAAAGGUCAAGGACAACCUGCAAAGGAGAUCACAUUCGUAAUCAAGAGACCUGUCCAUGACCUCAGGUCUUACGGAUCAGACAUCUUUGCUAUGUGCGGAGGACUCUCAGUCUACAUGGCUUAUGAAGUUUACCGUGAGUGCAAGCAAAUGAAUUAUGUCUGUAACUAA